AUGGCUGCCAAUGGUGGAUGCAAUUUACAAUCAUGUUCUUCUAAAACGACGAGAAGUCAAUCCGCAUUUGCUAAAUUAGAGUUCCAUGCUAUAAAAGACGAUAGAAUAAAACUGAAUACAAGUACAGUUGCCAGUUUAGCAUGUAGGAAAACUUACUCAACUGAUUCUGUUGGCAGUAGAUCUUUUGAACAUAGACUUCUAUCACCCCAUUUGAACAGUAUUUAUUGUUCUGGAUCUGCUGAAAUACCAUUCCACUUUAUUCAUCAUAAUCGAUAUCAAGAUCAUAUGCACCAAUAUAGAGAACAAUACACUCAUAGGCGAUUGAAAUCACUGAGAUCUAAUAUUAAUGAAUACAGAAGUUACCAAGGAAUGUUAUCAGCUCCUCAAAUUCUACAGAGACCAACUUUAAAACCUGCUACAGCAACUAAAACAAGCAAUUCGGCUGUUACAUCUGUUGUGCGAUGUUUUGAUGUAUUUGAUUCCAUGAAAAAUUUAAAAGUCAAUGACAACUCGCUGAAACCAACACACAAGAGACCAAUAAAGAAGAAAAUUUGGAAAUCUGAGAUGGUUCAGGUUCGAUUAAAACAACCGGAAAUCAACCAACCUGUCAUUGAGGUUCAGUGUCAUCAAAGUGGUGGUAUAAAAAUGGAUGACGGUGGUGGACUUCGCCGAAUGUUUACAUCAGAAGAUUUGCUACCAUCUGAACCGGAAACGUGUCAUAGAUUAUCACCGAAUAAUGCUAACAAGCUACACUUACAUUGUAGAUCCCGACCUUCUAUACCUAGUAAAACUCGUGGUUCUAAAAGAGAUCAACCGUCCUAUGUUGUUACUUAUAAGAAAAAAUAA